CAGGAUAUGAAAAUGAAAGUCGGAACGUCUGUUUUUUUUUUUUUUUGUUUGUUUUUUUACCACGGCUUUGGAACAGCUUCAGGUUUUUUACCUGAGUUCAGCAGGUGAUGGAACUGCAGAGACCUAAAUUUGAAUCAGUUGAAAAUGAAAGCUUGGAGAACUGGCAGUUAAUUGGCUCUGGUGGAUUUGGUCAAGUCUUCAAGGCUAGACACAAGACGUGGAGAUGUGACGUGGCCAUUAAGCUACCUCGACAUGCUGCUGGGGACACAAAACUGUGUAAUGAGGCAAAUCAUAUGGCCAAAGUCUCCUUACACAGUUCUGUGCUGAGGCUUUAUGGAAUAUACAGGGGAUGUCCACCAAAUGGAGGGCAGAACAUUCAGUUGGGAAUUGUUAUGGAGCUCAUGGAUAGAGGAUCUGUUCAGACCCUGCUGGAGACUUUGUCAGGUCCACCACCUUGGCCUCUGGCCUUCCGCUUGGCCUACGAAAUCGCUCAAGGAAUGAACUUCCUCCAUGAGAAGAACAUUUUGCACCAUGACCUAAAGCCAAGCAAUGUACUGCUGGAUGAUGACCUUCAUGCCAAACUGGCAGAUUUUGGUCUGUCCAGGGUUUCCACCAGUGUUCUGAUGAGCUCUAAAGAUAUGUCCACAGUGAAAGGAGGCACAUGUCAGUACAUGCCUCCAGAGUCUUUUCGUUCAUCAUAUAAGCCUGUUCGUAAAUUUGACAUAUACAGCUAUGGUAUUCUUCUGUGGUCUAUUAUUUGUGGGAAAGAGCCUUUUCCAGAUGCUACUCUAGCUCUUUUGAAACUGAAGAUCCCAAUGGGGGACAGACCUCCCUGUGAUGAAAUAGACCAGACAAAGGCAGAAGGGCUGAGAGAGCUGGUUGGCCUCAUGGAGAGGUGCUGGGAUGGAGAUCCAUCCAAGAGGCCAGACUUUGGAGAGUGUGAUGAAAUCACUAAUGAUGUGUUCUCAAAGCACAGGGCGGGGAUUCACGAUGCAGUCGGACAAGUCAAGAAAAAAUUGGAUUCACAACAUGGUAAUCAAUAUCCUGACACAUGUGGUCCACCCGGUGUUAAUCAUGAGAUGCCAGGACAGUCAGAGUCAAAUGAUAAUGUUGAUGCAAGAACUGAAAUGCAGAAUAUGCAACUUGGUCAUCAGCAUUCCAACAUGUCAAGUCCAUCUGGUUUUACUGCUGAGAUUCCAGCAUCAAAUGAUACUGUGGACAUCCCAUUGCAGCAGAAUAAUGUCAGCAGUUCGGCUAGAAAUCUGACUGAAAAUGAAAAAGCAGUAGACUUUGUUGAUAAAAACAGGGCAACGUUAAUCCGAGAGGUUUCUGAAGUGCUGGCGAUAGCAGACGAGCUUGGAGACCUGGUCCAUCCUGAAGCCUAUUCAAGGAUUCUAGCUACACUGACAAGUCAAGAUAAAAUGAGGGAGCUCUUUCAAAGAACACUGCGUUCAGGAGGGGUGAAGGUCAAAGCAGCCUUCUUUGAUGCCCUUAAAAAACAUCAUCCAAAUCUAGUGGAGAGGCUUGGUGGCUAGUUCCAAAGCAGCUGUGGCAUUCCUGCAUUUUAUGUACAUAAGGUCAAAGACUUCCUUUUUUGCUUAAGUGUUUAUCUUUUAUGAAAAGCUAAUGGAAAUUAUAUCUUUUUUAAGCAUUGUUUGAUGAUGUUUUGUUGCACUGUGUUUGUUUUUAGAAACCAUGACAGGGGGGAAAAGGAAAAAAAAAAAGAAAAGAGCAGACAAUCAAUGUCAGUCCUGUACUUAUUUGGGACUCAUCAUAAGCCUUUCAUGUCACAUAUUAAUUACGCCACCAAUGCUCGGCUGCGUUGCUAUGACUGUGGCCAUGCAUAAUCAGAAUCAGAAUCAGAAUACUUUAUUGAUCCCUAGGGGAAAUUAUUAUUUUUUUUGUUAAAGUGCUCCAUUAUAAACAAACAUUAACAAAGACAGACAAUACACUAACUAAGAAUAGCACAAUAUAUACAGGCAUAUAUAUAUAUACAUAAAAGUCACUUAUUAAUAAAUAGCUGAAAAAAGAACAUCUGUAGCUGUUGCAGUAAACAGUGUGUUAAGUGGAUGAGUUGUACAGGGAGAUGGCUACAGGCAGGAAUGAUUUCCUGUGUCGUUCAGUGGUGCUUUUCGGUACUCUCAGUCUCUCACUGAACGUGCUCCUGUGACUGACCAGCAUGUCAUGGAGUGGGUGGGAGGUGUUAUCCAACAUUGUCUUUAUCUUGGACAACAUCCGCCUCUCCGACACCACCUUGAGGGAGUCCAGCUCCAUCCCCACAACAUUACUGGCCUUACGGAUCAGUUUAUCGAGUCUGUUGGCAUCUGCGACCCUCAGCCUGCUCCCCCAGCAUGCAACAGCAUAGAGGAUCGCACUGGCCACAACAGACUCGUAGAAAAUCCUGAGCAUUUUCUGGCAGAUGUUGAAGGACUUCAGUCGCCCCAAAAAAUAGAGACGACUCUGGCCCUUUCUGUAAAGUGCUGUGGUGUUUUUAGCCCAGUCCAGUUUAUUGUCAAUGUGUACUCCAAGGUAGUCCUCCACAAUGUCAACACUGACCCCCUGGAUUGAAACAGGGGUCAAGUGUUUCCUGGUCUUCCUGAAGUCCACUAUUAUAUUAGGUGGCACUUGAUUGCAAUAGACAACCAGUUGAUCCAAGUUCAGUCCUGGUGAUCCGAGUAGGUACUAACGGAAAAUGGAUUUCAACAUCCUUAUCAGAAUCCUCCUAUAGAUUUGUAUACAAAGGGAAUGACACCAAUUUUCUAGAGGGACUCCUCCUGCCUUUCUCUCUGGACAUCCAGUCACCCUUGUUAACAUACCUGAUGUCCACCCACAUCUUAUCAUUCUCCCCUCUCUGACUUUUCUAAUUUAAGCUGAUUUAAAACAAAGUUUAAGCUUAAAUAGUACUAAAGGCCUCAGACAUGAUUUAGAUAUUAGUCUUAUUUUGCACUCUAAACACAGAUGUUCUGCUGAUGUGACUGUAAAUGAUCACCUCUCUCCCUGUUAAUGAUAGUAAACUGGUGCUACCUCUCAACCUCCUAGUAGAUGUACAUGCAGAGUCCUAGGUGUCUUUCUUCUUAAAAGAUGUGAUUCACAAGAUAUUGGAAAAUUUGACCUCUGACCUUGACAUUACAUUCAAGGUUACAUAGAUUUGAACUUUUGGUUGCUGAAACUAUAGUUUGAAUUUCAAAAUUCACAAAGAUUCUCAGAAAACUUGACCUCUGACCUUGACCUUGACAUCGAGGUCACCGAAAGUCGAACUCCUCCAAGAUUUUUAGUAGCUACAACUAUUGUAUGAAUUUCAAAAUAUUGUGUCACCUCAUUCUCGAGUUAUUGCAUUCAGAAACCUUGGGUCACCACAUCAUCUGCCAGGGGAGUGAUGACAAUACCACAUUACAGGAGUGUGUGAGGGUGCAGCUCAAGCGUGAAGGAGUCUUUGCAUCAACCACAUGAACAUUACUGACUCACACUGGAAUAAAUUGGCAGCGGAUAAAUCAAUGAAAUGUUUAAACCCAGUUGCAUGGAUCAUAGUGUUAAAAGGGCAAAAGGGCUCUGCGUCAACCAGCAGAGCACUGAAAAUCCCUUAUUAGUCAUUAAAUCUUUGGAGCAGCACGUGAUUUAUGUGACAGUGCAAUUAUUUUGUUUUUCUUGUAACAAACAAGCUGUGAAGAAGUUGUAAACUUGACUCACUUAGUCAAAAGCAUAAAACUCCAAAGUAAAGUCCUGAAGUAAAACAGUUGUUUUAUUACAUGGAAAUGAUUGCCCAGCUGGAAAAUGUUGAAAAUUCAAUUAACUAGUGGGAAUUUUUAAAAUAAUGGCUCCAGUAGGAUAGACAUGCAACUCCUGGCACUUAUAUUCACUUUUGAAAGAUUGUUUCAGUUUUCUGAUCCACUACAGUGCCUCGUGGCGUUAUACCAAAACUACCAAAAAUAAAUGUAUCCAUAUAAGUGACUGUCUAUGACAGUUUUUCUGUCUUUCUUUUAUUUUUUCUUUAUUUAGCAAAUGUAUUUUUGCAUUCAUAAACUCUGUUUCAUAAGCCUUAAACUCCUUGCAGUACAGAACUGCUGGUCCAACAUACAGUAAAAUGUAAGAUUGAAGGAUAAAUGAUUGCUUAGAAUAACUUUCAUUGCCACUAAAUGAGCUCAGUUAGUGUCAUGUCAUUUUGAAAGGGAAGUGUAAUCAGGGGCAAUGAAUUUCGUGGUAUUACUCGUGCUGGAUAAUUGUGAUGUAUUGUGACUUACGACUUAACCCAUUUCCUUAGACUGGGUUGCAAAUUUUUUACUUUGCAUAAAUUGUCGUCACUGAAACAUAUUUGAAUAACCAUUCCUUUGUUAAAUCAAAGCUUAAGGCACUGGCUCAGAAUGGGUAUCCUUUUCAUUUUUGCAGUUAAUUGUAACAAAAAGUAAUUAGCCAUUAACAACACUCUGGAUGCCCCUGUAGUUAUCAGUGGGGGUCCAGUAAAAAAAAAAAAAAAAAAAAAAGAUUGUAAAAAAAUCUUUAAUUUCUAAAUUUAUAUUCUAUAUAAUUCUUUUCAGGUGGAGACAUCAGUAAGUUUAGAAAUGAACCCCACACAAUGCCAAGUGUAUUUCACCAGUGACUGUGAAU